AUGCGCGCAAAAAUUACCGCCUUAAUCAGCAUAGGGAAGUGACAAAAUUUCCUCAUUUUUAGAUGUAUAGAAAUGUCGCUGUGGCAUCGUUUUGAGAGAGGGGUGAAAAGGAAGUCUGUUUUUCACGCUCAUGAAGAUUGGCAAUACCAUGGAGGCGGAUUCAAACGGUUGAGCCAGCUCCCAGAUCAUUUGGUAGAGAUGGUAUCAAAAAAGCGCGAUGUUCCAGAUAUCAUCAGAGAGUUGGAUGAUUUCAGCGUGUGCCUUGGUUUUGACAAUGACCAAUGUCUUGCUGUGCUUAAGAGGUUACUGGGGAAACUUAUGAAUUUUGAACCUCGACGAAGUCAUGAUGAGGGGCCCCAGGAUGAAGAACAAGAACAGUUUGCACAUGCUUUUUGUGAGCUGGGUGGUGUAGAGGUCUUGUUACGUUUGCUGAUGUUUGGCUCCAUCUUACCUCACAUAGCUCGUGCCAACAAAGUGAUAUGGGAGUCGGAACGCAUGCUGAGGAUAAAGAGCAUUGUGCUAGAGAUAAUGACAAAGUUGACGACAACAUCUGUGGGUGAUCAAGUGACAAGCAAACUCCUGGAAAGUGAUGACGUGCUUAACUAUGUAUUUUCCUUACUGGCACACCAGAAGACCUUUAUCAAUGCUUGUCAGCUCAUUGAGGACAUGCUGCAAUCUCGCAAAGAUGUUCUUGACCUUCAUAGAAUCAAUAACUUGCGCACAUUGUUAAAUUGUCUUGAUGAUACACAACUGGCAAACUUCUGUCGUAUCUUGGCUGUUGCCAUCUCAGACCUUGACAUCUAUGAAAAUAAAUCUUCAUUGUAUGCUCAGAAUAAGCAAAAAAGAAGUAAAGGCUUUGUCAAUUUAAGAGAUAUAAAUCAAGAAUUGUUACUGGGAAUUCCAGAGCUGCUUCCUAGACUUGUCAAAAUUGCCAUCAACAAAGAUUAUACACCAAGGUAUAGAGGCAUGGUCAGCGAACUUGACUGCUGGAUGGAGUGGAUAGAAAACCAGAUGGCAGAAGAAGUCUUUGAACAGCAAACGACUGAUGACUUUGAGGACUUUACUGGUGGAAUCUCUGAGCCUUCAGCUGAAGGGGGUCACAUGAUGGUUCAGCAGGGUCUUAAAAUCACUGAGGAGCUGGUGCAAAGGGUUGAAGUGGUAUAUGUGCUGGGUCUCUUCCUGCUGGGAAAGCAUAGAAAAAAGGUUCAGAGAAAAUUAGCUGAUCUGAAGCUGGCUCCAGGUCUUAGUGAUUUAUUUGAUCAGUUCAUCUGGAAGUACCAAGUUGGGAGGCACCACAGUCGUCACCGGCUGCGAGGUCACAAUGCUGCCUGUGAGUGCAGCCCAGAGGUCGCCCUUAAAAUCCAGUUUCUUCGCCUUGUACAUAGCUUCUGUGAUCACUCUGAUUACAAACACCUCUUGUUAUCAAAGAAUGAACUUAGUGAAGUCAAACGCAUAAAUGCCAAAGCUGGGACCCUGGCUUUGAAAAACCUAGACACCAUCAACAAGCAACUAAUGUGUCGUGGCAGCAAAGGAUUGCUGACCAAAAUUGUUGAAGUCAUGAAAAAAGAGCCCACAACCUCCACCUUUAGGUUCUGGUUAGCUCGAGCUGUGGAAAGCUAUCUUCGAGGAGACACGUCAUACUGUGAUCAAAUUUUUCUUAUGCGGCGGGGUUUACUGCAGCAUGUGGCCAGUAAUAUUGUGGAACAUGAGAUUCGGCACAAGGAAAUCUUGCAGAGCAGCUUUGAUCUUCUUGGUGAAUUGAUCAAGUUCAACUGGGAAGCAUUCAAAACAUUUGACUCUGUUCUUACUACACAGUCUAAGUUUGAAAAAUUUGUUACAACAGUAAACAGAAACAUGGUAGACUCCAACAUGUUCAUUCGCAGCCUUGUCCUCUCUCUUGAGCAUUUUCGGUCAGAGGGGAAAGACACAGAGAUGGACAAGAAGGAAAGUAAGCUGAUGGCCUACAUCUGUGAUUUUAGCCGGCAGCUGGAUUACUUGUACAAGCUUAUUACUAUCAUCAGUGUCCAGAAUCUCACACAGGAAAAUGUUAGCUGUCUCAACACAACGCUGGUUUUCCUCAUGUUUGCUAACAAAAAGAACCAGCUUCCCCGUUACCUACAGGCCCUUCGUGAUGAGAAAGAGAACAUGGCUGAUGUCACUGGGGCAGGAUCCAUCCUUCAGAACUUCAGGGAUUUGUUGGUGUUCUGGCAAGACCACUAUCUGCACAAAGACAAGGAUUGCAGUGCUCUGGAGAAGAGCUCACGAAUCAGUUUCUCCUACUGGAAAAAGACAGUUUCUAUGUUGGUGGGUGAAGAGAAAUCAGAUCCUAAUACGGUUUUGUACUACAUCAACCCCAUACCUGGGGGACGGACCAACUGAACCCUGUGCCAUGUGUUUGCAUUCCUGAUUGUGCCCCUGUGCAGUGAUUUGUACUUGCUGGUCAUACUUGAGGCAUAGGAGAAGGAAAAAUACAUCUUCUUGAAGGAUUUAAGAUGGCAUUUCCUACAUCUUUUUGUAGUUUUUGAUCUGUGGAGAGCUGAGCAUGUGCUUUUCCUGGCGGCGUUACGUGCGUGUUUUUUUUUUAGGCCAGCACACUUUGUUGAUUGGUGAGGCUGGAGCUUCCUCUUGUGGCCCAUACAGAUAUUCACCAAGCUGCAGAUGGGUGCUGGUGUGCUCUGCAGAGAAGUGGUCUUUGACGGGGUGUACGUGGGUGGGGAGAGCAGCAGGAAAAUGAAGCUGUCUUUUAAGAAUUAAAGAUAUAUAUAUAUUUUACUUUCUUUUUUAAGCAGGGGACACAGGGAAAAGCCUUAUUUGGUCAAAUGCCAUUGGAUGGUGUUUUUUUUGCCAGCAGUUCUGUUGACCGUCAAAAUUGUUGGCAAGACCAGACCUUUACAACAGUGAUUUGCCUUUAGCCCAUAAUAUAUAUGUACUGCAGGCGAUAGGGAAACUGUAUGGCAGGGCAUCAUCUGAAACUCAUUUACCUAUAUUUGCAUUGGAACUAUAAACAUCUAUCGUGACUGGCUGGAUUUUUAUGUCCAACACACCAUUUUUGUUUAAAACUGACAAUUGUUUAUUUAAUGCUGUUGUGUUGUCUGUUUUGUCAAGAACUACUAAUUGUGUUAACAAAGAGUUUGCACUGAAGGAAACUUAAAGUGAGAAGUUUCCUCACUUAAAACAUUUUCAUUUUAUAAUUUUAUUUUAGACCUUGGGUUUUGAGCAUGCCCAUAGAUAUUUGGGCAUAUGUGUUCAUGUGCCAUUUACCAUAAGCCUUCUAAUAAGUGCUUUAAAGAGAGAGGAUGAGGAAAGAGUGUGUAAAUGCAUGCACAUAGAUUCUUGCAUGUCCUUGAGUGUGUGUGUGUGUUAGUAUAAUUUGAACUUCAGGAUGCUUGCAAGGGGAUUUUUCUUUGUAACAAGUACAUGUUUCAGCCAAGUUAAUAAUCCAUCAGAAGAAGAAAAUCUUUCAAAAAUAAAAAUGACUGUUGGUUGCAUGUACUCUGAUACAUUGUACUUUGGUGCUUCUUGUAUUUUGUUUUCCUUUUUCUUUAGAGUUAACUUAUUGGAAGGAAUAUGGUAAAAAAAAAAAAGACUAGUUAGAAGAGCCAGGCUUAUGUUGAAGGCGCUCAAGCUAUUUGAAAAUAAUGAAAUGAUGUGGAUGCUUGGAGACUGAAAGAUGUGUGAAGAAUGCAAGUUUUUUUGUGUUUGAAGUGUAUGAUCUUUGGUAAAAUGCACAUUCAUUAUAAUAGUUGGAUUUUUAACUUAUUAUAUUUUGGUUUAUUUAGUCUACCUCAUAAAGCACUUUCUUAUCUGUGGCAUAUUUAACUACUAGUUUAUGCAGCUUAGGUUGUGAAGGCCAUUUGGCAUAUGGCAUACAGCUUCACUUGUAAGAGUCCUUGCUCAUAUUUUCAGUAUUCCAGGAAUAAUUAAGAUUUUGCGAUAUCUCUGAAAGACAUAGUUACCUAGAAUGAGCUGCAUUUUUAAGGAAGUAGUUAUUAAAUUAUUUAAAUUUGUGAAAGGGACCGAAAUCUGCAAGAUGUGACAUGACACAAAGAAUGGGACUGAAAUCCAUGGAACAUGCAAAGUGUGUAUGGUACAAACGAGUCAACAUUUCUAGUUCUAUAUCUCACUUGGGAAUAUUGUACUUUUCAAAGGGUGCAACAGUCUCUGUUUAUGAAAGUUUUAGGGGUAGCACACAGCAAUGAGCUGGUUUGUUAUCUUUGAGGGAUUGGGCUCCCCCCUUUUAUUUUGUUAAUUGUUCUUUGUUCUUCCCUCCAUUUGUUGUGAUAUUUGCACUUUUCUGGGUUGUAAGCAAGAAGGUAUCGGCCUUCAGAAUUUGUUUAAUGACUGCCUGUCUUGUGAGAUGUAGUUCUGAAAUAGAUUGAGUGUAAGGCUGCACUUGUAAGAUGGCAUAGAGUGGAAGAAGGGGCAUCACUGGAGUAUUCUAAGUUGGAAGUUAAAGACAAGGCUGUAAGUUUGAAACCAUGUGUACUUAAUAACACGAGUUAUCACCCAGCACAUGUCACAGAGCAUUUAGCUUGGUUUUCUGAUAAUACCUAAUACAAAUAGAGAAAAUGAAUCCAUUUUAAUAGGGAAAUACUUUAAAAUAAAAGCAUGCUGUUUAAGUUUGGUUGAAGCUUGUAAGUUCAUUUACACAUGACUGGUGUUGAAGGUAGGAUGUGUGCACAUUUGUUUUAAAAAUUUGCACUUGAUGCUUUUUAGGUAAGUAUGCUACAUGCUGCUUGUAAGGUUCCUAUCUACUUCUUAAAUUUUUUAACAAAUAAAUUCUUAGACAUGCACACCAUAAAAUAUUAAACUGGAUUUACUGUCAUCUCCAACUGUAACAUACUUGAUUUGGUAUUCUGUCUCUGUAUCAUGUUUGUGAAAAUACAAAAUGUGGUUGGUUGGCAAACAGGCUGUUUAUACAGUCAAGUCCUUUAUAUAGUCUCUCAUUAUAUUGUUGCUGUGUCCCUCAUCCUUCUGAUCUGUGGAAGCUAUUGUCUGUUCUCCUUUUUUCAAAUAUUGCCACGUAUAAACAUGAAACUUGAAGAUGGAACAGUUUGUAGAACAUUUCACAGUCACGCUUAAAUGUUACAAAUCAUGCAUAUAUCAUUUUCACACUUGCCAUGAGAUGAUUUUUUUACCAAUAAAAAUUCUUUGGAAUGUACAAAAAUCAUGUGAAUGAAUGAAAAGACUGCUGUUAACAUUAGUCUUGACUAGAAUGAACUUGUGGCUACAAGGAGAACAAGUGUGUUAGGUGUUGUACUUCAGCGAGGGUUGUUCAUAUGAUACAUAUGCAUCAGUGAGAAAUAGAAAUAAUAGUGAAUGCUUGUGAACUUAGUGAAUUUUUCCACUGUAUGUGAAAUAUUUGGUUCACGAUUUUCCAUGUUUCAAGCCAGUGACUGCUUUUUUUUUUUUAAUAUGCAAAUGAUCAUAACCAAAUACCUGUCUUUAAUUGAGAAAAGCAUCAGUGCGUUAGUGCUCUCUGUGUAUUCACAUGCGUGCAUAUGUGUGUAAGUGAGGGGAUUCAUGUAAAUAUUCAUUGUUAUGUAUGUGUGUGUCACUUCUUGGUCUGUUCACAAAAUUAACUUAAUCUGCUGAUUGUCAUGGAUGUUAAAUAUUAACAUCAUUCUGCCUGUCAGUCUGAUUGUCAUAGAUUUUAAAAAUAUUAACAUCCUUCUGCCUGUCAGUCUGAUUGUUAUAGAUGUUAAAAGCACAAGCAUCUUUACCCAUUAGUCUGAUUUUUCUGUCUGCAUCACUGCCCCCCUUUUCAUCUCCACCUCGCUGUUAUCUGCAAAAGUACGAUAUGUUUCCAGUUUACAUCUGACUUUUUUGUUGCUUACCAGAAAUUUUUUUUUAUAACUGCAUUGUCAGAGUCAAGAGUUAAAAAUACUGAUCUGAGGUGUUGUUCAUUUUCCUGUCUUGAUGAGGUUCAUGGCAUCAUGCUGUUGAUCUGUGGCACACAUUGGGGUAUGAUGCUGAAAGACUUUAGGAUGCAAAUGGCAUUCAUUUUGUACACUUUAGAAUACUAUGUCAUUAUAGUGGUAUUAUUUGUCAACUUUUAAAAUCUGUUCAAAAUGUGGGGUUUACUAUCUUGUGAUAACUUUUAUGCUCAGAUAUAAACCAUAUGCCAAAAAACAUCCUAGCCUACCACAAAAGAAAUUGAAAUGCUCUAAAAAAAAAAAUACAACAUAGGAAGCAUGUUCGUAAAAUAAAAUAUUGUUUGCUAUAUAUGUGUAACAUACAAAGAUUUUUUCCUUAGCUUAAAUCUGUCAUAGAAAUAUUAAUCUGUUACUUGAUGGUACCUUAGUUCCAGUGACUUCCACUUAACAGUUUACUGAUGUUUGGUUCAUGCCUGUGAACAUUCUGCCCUGCAUGGUGUUUCCAUGCCCUUUGUUUCAUUUCAUUGUCUGUAAUUUCUCACUUGCUCUUGCUGUAUUAAUAUUUUCCCUGGGGAACUGUAUGGACACUUUCAGAAAGUUCUCAUUCUUUGGGGAAGUUGAAUUAAUUGCAUGAAGAGAAUUAGGACUGAAUAUGAUAAUUAUGGUUAUCAUGAUGUGUGCAUGUGUGUGCAAUACUAGGACAGAGACGAAAAGAGCAUUUUUAAAAUUUCCUUUUUAUGACAUAAAAGUAGUAAGCUGGAGAAGAUCAUAGCUAAAGACCAUAAAGGUUGUGGCGAAGACUAUGAACUUUCCAGUCAUGUCUCCAGAAGAGGGGGAUUAUCACCACCUGCAAGAUCAUAUUUCCUAGAAUUCUUCUCUACCCCAUCCCCCCCCCCCCAAAAAAAAAAAAAAAGAUUUAAUAAGAUACCAUUGCUGGUUGAGCAAGAAAGUUUUCAUUGUAAUGAGUUACAUUGGUGAGGCAUGUUGAAGAGGCUUAUAUUUGAUAGACAUCCAACAUGUCAAGUGCAGAGACUCUGUGAUCAAAGAACCAAAGCCAUUUGUAAAUUGUAAAAGAUCAGAAGUAAAAUUUAUGGUCAUGAAAAUUUUCAUCUUUUUGGGCUCUGGCAGAGUCAGCUCAAACUUUUGUUUUAAGUGUCUUUUCUGGCCGAUCAAAGAUGGUCCCGUCCACCCUUUUUUUAGACUUGAUUAAAUAUCAGCAUAUCGAAAUCAUUUAUUGCUGGUAACAUUGGUGAUUUUGAUGCAGUCUCAAACACUAGUGGCAAAUUCAGAAACUUGCAUGAUAAAAUGCUCCAGCAAUUACAUAGAAAGUCCUGCAUUUCAUAGACCUUACUGUAGGUGCUAGUGUUCAGGAAGAGAUUUCUCAUCAGUAGUCCAUGUUUGCUCAGGAGCUAACGUGGAAAUAAGACUUCACCACUUUUUGCAAAUUCCUCUCAAUUUUAGCUGCAUGGUAAUGUAUGAAGAACUAAUAAAUAGCUCAAGUGUGCGAUGCAGUUUGUGACAGGUCAGAGGAUGUUAUGGAUGGGUGUGAAAUGAAGUGUUUGAGUUACUUCUGUCAGCAGCUGCUGUUGUGCAUGCCCUUUGACAUCAUCAGUGUGAGUUUAAUAAUGUUGGUGAUGUACAUAUAACAGAGCUUGCAAAGUCAUGACUUCAGUGUGUAAGGAUACGUCAUAAUUUUAUUUUGUUUGUUUUGGUACUGAAAAUUAAGUUAAACUUAAUGAAAUAUAUGAACCAAUGUUUUGUACAGUCUGGUCUUCAACACAUUUUGUAAACAAUACAUAAUGUAUUUAUGCAUUGAUAUUGUUGAAGUGUUUUGCAGUCAUAAAUUAUCCAUUAUUGGUGUUUCUUGGUUAUUCUUCACAAUAGGGGAUAAAAGGUGGGGUGUUUUGGGGUGGGGAUGGGGGUUCAGUUUCUCAUGUUCAUGUAAUAAGAGCCAGUUGUUCCUGUCAUUGUGUCUGAUUCUGUUCACAACUAAAUGUCUGAUUAUCAUUAUUAUGUAUUUUCACACUUGAACUCAUUUUGAACACUGCAGUUAAAAUGGUGGAGUUGCCAGCUAUCAUUUGUGCAACUGAGGAUAACCUUCAAACAUAAAAAAAUGAGGUUGCUAUCACAGAUUCUUAAUGUCACAGUGAGUUAUAUUGAUGAUAAGGUGUUACCAAAGAAAAAAAGAAGAAAGCAUGACAGUCAUUCAGAGUGAUACCAAGUUAACCUAUUAUCACCCAAGUUAAAGAAAAAAUUUUCCCCGUUAACCAUUAAAGCAAGUUCUACAGAUGCUCUAGAGGGACAUAUUUAUUUUUCUUAUUAAAAUUUGAAGCUUAAAAGUAAGCUGAUGCAUCUUAGACCAAAUGAGUGUUCAAUUAUCUUUUUUAUUUUUUUAAAGUAACACAAGUAGACAAACCACCACGAGUUAUAAGUUAAAGUUAUUCUGCCUUUUGCCAUUCGGGACGUCUUAGUCAGGAGUUAAUAGUGUUGAGUACGUAUAUUGGUGCAACGUACUUGUAUUCUCUUUUAUGUUAGAUGUAAAAAGUCAAUUCAGUAAGCAGAAAAGGCAACUUUAGUGUCGGUGUCCACAUUGUUAUGCAUAUUAUAAAGUGAUGUGUUUUUACUGUCAUGUAGAGCAUACUGUGGUGGUAUUCUUCUGAGUGUGUUGAUCUGCAUCGGUGUUGACACAUGCCUGUAAAACUGAAGAAAGAUUAUUUAUUGCAUUCAACUGUGCUUCAAUGCAGAACACAUUCAGAAUGCUUCAUAUUGGUGAGACUGAAUAGUCAUAAGCACUUGAAAAUCUUUUUCAGUUUUGAUUUACACUUGCAUUAAGUGCUUACGUUAAAAAAAAAAAAAGUUUUGCAAGUUGCAUCUGAAUCAGUAGGCCCUCAGAAAUGUUAAGUAUCUUGCAUUUUAAUGUUACAGCAGUCAUUCUGUUAUCCAAGUUUCAAACUACAGUACUUUCCCAAUGAUUUGCAGAUUUAUUAAUCAGUCGACAAACGAAGAAGCCUUCAUGUAUUAAAUAGUGGGCGACCUUUUAGUUUCUGAUUUGAAAGUUUACGAGGGUCUGGGUUCUCAAGAUUCUUUAUUCUCCAGUCACUGAUAGGUUUUUUCCUUUCUUUAUGUAGAUGAGAUAGCAUGUCUGUAUGUGCAAUGGUAGAUUGGCUAUCCAUGUCAUCAACAGAGGAUGGGGUGGGGGACUGCUGCAUUUGAUCUGAAAUUUAAUUGGGCCGAUUAAAAGACUGCACUAACCACUUGAUUCAAAGCUGGGGUUGAUUCUUGACAUGAAUUACAGUAUUUUCCAUUCAUGCCACUUUUUCUUCUAUUGCUGUCCUAUGACAUGAAUAAUUCUGCUUAUUAGAAGGUAUGUCAUGGUAUGUGCUUUGAGAAUAAUGGUUGAAUUAAAAAAUUUGGUAUACUUCUCUGAAGAGUUUCCAGCGUUCAUCAUAACGGAUCUAGUGAAUUACUGUGGAUUGGCUCCCUUCCAGCCGUACUGGUUCACUGGAUAAACUGACCUUCAUGACAGGCUCUGACCAUGCUACCUUCUAGUGCAAAAUGGCUUUAAAAAAAAACCUGUGGGACAGGAUGGCAGAGCACCUGUCUGGAAGCCUGCUCUCCAGCUUAUCUUGCACCAAGUGAACAAGCUUCUCCAUUAGACGUCUUGUUUUGCUCUUUCCUUCUGUGUGUGACACUUGGCCCUUCACUGCCAAACUGCUUGACACCACUGAUGGUUGUGGAGCACUUAAUGUGGCUGAUUGAGCCUGUUACAAGGGCUUCCCUAGUGUCUAUUGAAAGGUUUUCAGGUCACUGGUCAAAGCAGUACACAGCUUUAACAUUACAAAAGUAAUAAGUAGGAAAGUUGCAAUUUGUGUGGAAAGGAUUUGAAAUUUGCAUUUCUAAUUCUCCUUGAGAGAAAAAAUAAAUAGGUCCCAUUAAUGCUUGUUGAUCAACUUGUUCAUGAGUAAAGUAUAAUUGCCAGCUAGGCGGUAUCCUUUUCAUGCAUUCUGCUUUUUUUCCAGUACAUUCAAGUGUCCAGCAUCUUUUAAGUGUCAUGAAUGUGCAAUGAAUGUGGUUUUAAUAACCAUUGCAUGGUGCUGGAUGUACAUUCUGGGGGUAGGCCAUUUACAUUUUUGAAAAUGUUUCGUUUGAACUAUUAAUAUACACAGUUUGUCAGGGUUGCUAGAAGACUCUGUCUAGCACCAAACACCUGUGUUCUUGAUCACCAUCGAAUUGUGCCCCAUUUCUCAUGCAGAAGUGAAAAUAAAAUGAGCCAGUACAAAAUCGCUUAUUCUUUUAUUAUUUACUUGACUGAAUUUGACAUACCCUGCAAGCUGGUAAUUUGCUUUUAAGUGUAUCGAGCAUUGUUAUCAGACAAGUCGAAAUACACUUGUGUUCGUCACGUCAAAAACAAAAUCCUCAAACGGCUGGCCUAUUUUUCUGUGGAAAGUCCUUGACCGAAAUGCUUGCAUGGGAUAUAAAGCUGGAAGAUAUACUUUCUACUGGUACAUUACUAGCUAGAUUCACCUAGAGCUCACAUGUACAAUAUUGAUUGAUGCCUGCUGUAGUUACCGAAGCUUUUACAUUUAAUACAACUUGGAAUUCAGUAUCUAAUAUGGCUAGUUGAAACACA